GGGCGGGCGCUCGCGCCCGGAUGAAAGAUGGCUGCCGCCGCCGCUGCCGCCGCCGCUCGGCAGCCACCGCCCCGGAGGUUACUCUAGGGCCUGCAGCUUCCGCCUGUGCUCCCGGACCGCCGCCGCUGCCUCCUUACCAUGAAGCCAGUGAGUCGCAGCACCCUGGACCGGAUUUACUCAGCGUUGCUCCUCGCGGUCGUAUUGCUCUCCUGGGGCUACGUCAUCUAUGCAUCAACAGUAGCUGCCCGACGACAGCUAAAGAAGGAAUACCCAGACAAGAUCUUCGGGAUGAGCGAAAAUUUGUAAUCCCUCUGGAUUUAACUCCAUGCAAAUACAGCCCUUCACCUCAUUCUUAUCUGGCUCGUGUCUAGAUUUAAAGUAAAAUCCUUAAUGCAGA